UUGUGGCGUCCAAUUUGAUUAUUAAAAAUCUUAGAAAGGGAUUUUACUCGACUCUCAAGAAACCAAAUUUGAUCAAUGCCGGCAAUUGAAGAUUCAGGGGUCGUUGUGCUAGGAUGGUGGGUAAGCAUGUUCACUACUAGGGUACGGAUUGCUUUGGCAGAAAAAGGCAUCAGCUAUGAAUACCUAGAAGAAGACAUACCAAACAAAAGUCCUCUCCUUCUCAAGCACAACCCCAUUUAUAAGAAGGUCCCAGUUCUGAUUCACAAAGGCAAACCCAUCUGUGAAUCCUUAAUCAUUGUCCAAUACAUCCAUGAAACAUGGAAAGAAGGAUACCCUUUGUUACCUUCUGAUCCUUACCUCAAAUCUCAAGCUGCUUUCUGGGCUGAUUACAUCGAUAAGCAUAUUUAUCAAGUUGUGAAGUUAACUUGGGAUUCAAAAGGUGAAGAGAUGCAGAAAAGAGUUGAAGAAUUUCUGGGUUACCUCAAGGUGUUGGAAAGGGAACUCGGUGAGAAGCCAUAUUUCAAUGGUGAGUCCUUUGGAUUUGUUGAUAUGGCACUUAUAUGCUACUACAGUCAUAUUAUUGCAUUUGGGAAGAUAGGCAAUUUCAGUGUUGAGAAAGAUACUCCAAAGUUGUUUGCUUGGGCUACACAAUGCUUGAAAAGGGAGAGUGUUUCCAAGACUCUUGCUGAUCCAAACAAGAUUUACGAGUUGCUUAUCGAGAUUAGAAAGAAAAAUGGUCUAGAAGAUUGAUCAGUUUCAUUAACAUUUUGUCAUUUUGAACAUCUCCUUCGAUUCUUGUUGGUAAUUUUGUAUCUGAUCCUGUUCGUGUUUGUUGAAAUAUGGUGUGUUGUAGACUAUACUUAAAUAUGUGACUUUUAAUCUUUAAUCUACUGUUUGUAUAUACUUUGUAAUGUAAUAUAACAUGUGAUGGCAUUAGUCGUGCCUAUUAGUCA